AAUUGAGGUAAUAAGAGCCGCCAUUGUUGAAUAUGCUUUAGCUGUACACCUCCACUUGGAUAGAAUGCUUAAAAGACCCAUUUUUGUUGUAAGUCAUAGAAUUCGUUUACAGAACAAGAUAUGGUUGAUGCUAUUGUUUCGUUUGUGAUUGAAAGGCUUGGAGACUUGGUACUUUCUGAAGCUGGAUUCUUGCAUGGAGUUGAAAACCUAGUCGAGAAUGCCCAGAUCAAGCUUCAAUGUAUGAGCGCAUUCUUAAAAGACGCAGAUGCUUGUGUAAGAAAUGGUGACGAGAGAGUACGACUCUUGGUUGUCCAAGUUAGAGAAAAUUCUUGUGCCUUGGAGGAUGUUAUUGAAACUUAUGUCUUCAAAGUGGCUCUGGAUGAGAGUGCUGGAGGUAUAAGACGUGUACUGAAAAGAUCUAUUUGCAUCUUCAGAGACAAAAUUGAUGUUCAUAAAGUUGGAUCAGAGAUUGAGAGGAUCUCAUCCAACAUUGAUACUUGGACAUCAGAUUUAGAAAAAUAUGGAGUGCAGAAAUCAAUGGACCAGGCAGCUGAAGCUUCUUCAAGCUAUGUCCGGGAGCGAAGACAGUUGAGGCAAGCUUAUUCUUAUGUUGAAGACAAUCAUGUUGUUGGAUUCCAGAAAGAUAUUGAAGAGUUGGUAGCCCUUUUGACGGAACAAAAGAACCCUUGUAAGCAUAAGGUGGUCUCUGUGUAUGGGAUGGGUGGUUUGGGGAAGACCACUCUUGCAAGAAAGGUUUAUCAACACCCCCAAGUCAGGACUCACUUUGAUUGUUAUGCUUGGGCUUCAAUAUCUCAGCAAUGUAAUAGACGCGAAGUCUUGGAAGGAAUUUUAUUUGCUUUCACUUCUUCCACAGAUGCAGAAAGAAAUCAUAUCAAAAGCUUAAGUGAUGUUGAAUUAGCCAAGAAGCUUCAUGACUUUCAGAAACAGAAGAAAUGUCUGGUGCUCCUUGAUGAUAUAUGGACCGCUAAAACUUGGGAUCUUCUAAAACAUGCAUUCCCUCAAGGAGACACAGAUAGCAAGAUCUUACUCACCACUCGGAAUAAAGAUGUAGCUGUGCAUGUGGAUCGACAUGGUUUCAUCCAUGAACCUCAUUUGCUCAGUGACAAUGAGAGUUGGGAUUUGUUUCAGAACAAGUACUUCUGUGCUGGUAUUCAUCCAUCAAAUUCAGACUCAGAUGAUAAUGAAAGGAAGAAAGAACUAGCGAAAGAGAUGCUUAAAAAGUGUGCUGGUUUACCAUUAGCCAUCAUCGUGCUCGCUGGGCUUCUGUCUAAGAAACACACCAUAUAUGAGUGGGAGCAGAUGAAAAAAAACAUAGUGCGCUGCAUAGGUGAAGGUGAACAACAUGAAGACUCAAAAUACCGUAGUGUUUGGUGGGUGUUAGGUUUGAGUUACAGUGAGUUACCAUGUCACUUGAAGCCUUGUUUUUUGUACUUGGCUCGUUAUGCUGAAGAUGCUGUGAUAAAAGUAAAAGAGUUAUGUCUUAUACUCAUAGCAGAAGGUUUUAUAUCAUUAAGAGGAAGUUGUAUGGAAACCAUGGAGGAUGUGGCAUAUGAUUGCUUAAGUGAGUUGGUGGAGAGGAGCAUGAUUCAGGUAAAUGAAACGAGUUUAACAGGGAGGAUAAAAUCAUUUGGCAUUCAUGAUCUCAUGCGAGACUUGUGCGUGUCUAAAGCUCAAGAUGAAAACUUUCUACAUUUUAUGGAUUUGAGGAAUAAAGUGAAAGAGCCAAUUGAAUCAGUGUAUGCUGCCCCAAUAACAACAAAUGUACGAAGAGUUGUCAUUCAUUAUGAUAAACAAAGUGCUGAUAAUGAUUUUGUUCAAAAUAUAGAUGGCUCUCUUAGGUGCUAUAUUGUACAUGGGCAAAUUGUUGCAUUGGAACAAAGAGUAUUGAGACGUGUAUGCAAUCACUUUCUAAUGCUUAGAGUUCUGAUCAUUGAUUACAAGUCGGAUGAGGUAAAUACCUUGAAGUUGCCUAAAGAAAUUGGAAAUCUUAUCCACCUAAGGUUGUUUAGUAUUCCUAAUAGGGAGAUAGAAAAGAUUCCAUCUUGUUUUGGCAAUUUUAGAUGCCUGCAGACUUUGAGAGUAAGGACCAAGAGUGGUACAAUACCAAAUUCAAUGUACGAGUUGCGACAGUUGAGGCAUCUAUAUAUGUUAUCUUUAAAUGGUGGUGCACAAAUUGGUGAAUUCUUGAGGUCAACUAAGUCUAAAAAUUUACAGACAUUGGUAGGUAUUGGUACAUAUUUUCUUGUUCUGAGUGAUUUGCUGCAACUGCAGAAUCUCAAGAAAUUAAAAAUACGUUUGGAUGAAAAUUUUGAAGCAUUCUUACACAAUCCCCAAACUCUCACAUUCACUCAUCUUAUGUCUUUACAAGUACAUAAAGAAGUUGGUGUCAAGAUAGAUAUUGUUCCUUUGAUAUUAAGCUGUCCUCAACUUCAUAAGCUUAGAUUGUCCUUGCCUGUUGUAAGAUUACCACAAUUCAAACAAUUCUCCCCAAAUCUUGUCAUGUUAAGAUUGUUUAAUCUCAGACUUGAGGAUGAUCCAAUGCCAACAUUAGAAAAGCUACCAAAAUUAAAAGUCCUUGUCAUUGGUAGUGAUAGCUUUAUGGGGGAUGAGAUGGUGUGCUCAAGAGGAGGUUUCGAUCGACUUGAAUCUCUUGAGCUUAGAGCUCUAAAAGGCUUAAAAGAGUGGAAGGUGGAGGAGAGUGCAUUGUCUAGACUUGGGCAUUUGCGUAUUAUGGGAUGCAGGGGAUUGAGGAGAGUUCCAGAUGGAUUAAGAAGCAUUUCUACACUCAAUGAUAUGCUGUUACGUCAUAUGCCUAAGAAAUUCAAAGAAAGGAUGGAAGAAGGAGGAGAGGAUUUCUAUAAAGUCAAGCACAUCACAUCUCGUGUGUUUAUCAACUGUGAUACAGAUUAUGCUUAUGACUAUAGUUGAUUAUAAGUGGGGUAUCAUCUUUGCACUAUACAAUCAAAUCAACAUUUGGAGGAUUCGUUACCAGUGUGUCGAAUAAAUUCUGGAUUGUGUUUUUGUUUGUUUUAAUUAUGUCAAUUAUUGAAUAAUAUUGUUGUGAUUACAACAUUAUUUUACUGUAAUUAUUGAAUAAUAAUAGCUCAUUGCCCAUUUCUUUUA